GUUCAAACCGUUGAGGAGCAGCAACAGCAACAAGCAGAAAGCUUCCUCCGUCUGACGUCCUCGUCCGCCGGCGAUUAUCUGAAAUAUAGACAAUCUGGGGAAAUAUACUCUGUGAUGAAUUGUUUGUCGCAGGUUUGUUCAUUUGGUGCAGUUAUAUUUGGAAGAACUAGUCAUUUCAUUGGAAGAAAUACUUUGAGUCAGUUCUGUGCUCCAUCAUGGAAAAGAAAUUUUGAGAACACGGGUAUUAGGGCUACUGAUUUGGAGUUUUUGUUGGCAAGAUUUCGUGUUCAGUGUUACUCGUCUCGGAGUAGUAAGGGAAAGGCUACUCGUUCUAGAAAGUUGAAGCCUGAACCAGUAAUGGAAAAGGAGGACACGUUCUUUGUUGUUCGGAAGGGGGAUGUUGUUGGUGUUUACAAGAGUUUUGCUGAUUGUCAAGCCCAAGUUGGAUCCUCAGUAUGUGAUCCUCCUGUCAGUGUUUACAAAGGCUACUCUUUGCCUAAGGACACAGAGGAAUAUCUCAACUCAUUUGGGUUAAAGAACGCUCUCUAUACAAUUAAAGCUGCAGACUUGAAAAAGGAUCUUUUUGGCAUGCUUAUGCCUUGCCCUAUUCAAGACCCAGCUUUUUGCAAGGGUGAUUCAUCUUCUAAGGAUACCUCCAAAAAGAGGUUGGCUGAUAUGUUUGAAUUGGAGACUGGGGAUGCACUUGAUUUAAUGUCUACGGCUGAUCCAUUGAGAAAGCAUGCUAAGUUAGAUCAUCAUGUGGAGGUUCAAGCAGCAUCCUCUAAUCAGAAGUCUUGCAUUCUUGAGUUUGAUGGAGCAUCAAAAGGAAAUCCCGGACAGGCUGGUGCAGCAGCUGUUUUGCGAACUAUUGAUGGACAUUUGAUUUGUAAAUUGCGUGAAGGAUUGGGUAUAGCAACCAAUAAUGUAGCAGAGUAUCGUGCUAUGAUUUUAGGGAUGAAAUAUGCUCUUAAAAAGGGUUAUACAAGCAUUCAAGUUCGAGGUGACUCAAAGCUUGUUUGUUUGCAGAUUCAGGGCCUAUGGAAAGUUAAACACGAGGCCAUGUCUGAGUUAUAUAAGGAGGCAAAGCAACUGAAAGAUAAGUUUCUUUCAUUCAAGAUCAGCCAUGUUUUAAGGGAACUGAACACUGAGGCCGAUGCUCAAGCAAACUUGGCUGUCAAGCUUGCUGAUGGUCAAAUCCAAGAAGAAUUAUGAUAACAGUUCAAACAAUUGCAGCGUACAGGAUAUUUUUACGGUUGGUUCCAAUGUUCCAGAAUACAUUUAAAAUGAAAGACAGAUCAACAAUUUGGCAUCCGUUUAAGCUCAUAUUUGGUUUUCCUGUUGGUACAUUACUUUCGGAAAUGUAAACCGUGAGGAUCAUUUUGAUUGGCUUUGGCAGAGGUUACAUGCUACAAGCAGCUGAAUUAAACAAUUAGACCCAAUAUUUCCUCAGAUUAGCACCAAGGGCUGAUACUUUAGUUGUUGAGAUCUUUGGCCAAAAUUGCUGUUUAAGUGCCAUGAUAUGGCCAUGAUAUGCAGUUUGGAUUGCAAAACAUGAGCCAUUGAAGGACGACAUAUACCCCCUCAUAUUAGGUGUCCAACCAUAUCUAAUGGUUUAAGUUGUGUAAUCUAGUAUGGUUUGGAUUAUAUAAUACUUUUUUGUUUUAUGUUAUACAAUUAUCUUUUUGUAUUUGACAAUGAUAAUUUAUAUGGUAUUCCUAUCCGUGGUGCCAGAGGUUAA